UUCAGCUGCACGAUCACACUUCUAAACUAAAUUGGACAGCGAGCUAAAACCUGCUCCAGUUCAUUACAGCUUGUACUCAAAGAGCUCUGUGUGAACCAUGGACGAGGAGUUUGAUUUUGAGCGUCGCAAAGAGUUACGAAGACAAAAGCGAGAAGAGAUGCAGCGGGAGGCCGAGAAGAUGAACUCUUACGAUGACGAAGAGGAGGUGGCCCGGGAACGCCGGAGACGAGCCCGUCAGGAACGCCUGCGCAAUACGGAGAAUGAAGAUUUGACUAACACUACAACAGAAACAAACAUUGCAGAGACGUCCUCCUUGAUCACUAGUUCUGCACCGGCUGAGGAUGAUGAUCAGGCUCUCUUAGAGAGGAUUGCUAGGAGAGAAGAGCAGAGACAGAAAAGAAUGAAAGAAGCUUUGGAGAGACAGAAGGAAGUAGAUCCCACAAUCAUGGUUGAAACUGUCUCCACCAGCAGCACUACCACAGAGGACGAGCCAAGUCCUAGAAAUGAUGAACAAGAGUCCUCCCAAAAUGAUGUUUCUUCAACAGAAACCAACUCUUGGAAGGAAAGGGAAGAGACAAAAGAGGAGGAAUUGAUAGAGAAAAACAGUGUUGAGAUUGAGGUGACUAUAACAAAAAAGGGGGACCCAGUUCCAGUCACAGCAUCCGAAGAACCCAAAGAAUCUCCUGAGAAGACUGACAAACUAGAAGAGGAAGAGACACCACAGAGCUCCUACCUCAGAGAACAGGAAUCCAUGGAGGAGAACCCCAAAGAAACAGCUGUACCAAAUGAGGAAGAAUCAGAUAUAGAGAUUAAAGAACAAACAAAUGCAGAUUUAGAAAGUGCAGAUUUAGAAAAAAACGAGGUUGAAGAUGAAAGUCAAAUAUUAAGAAAAGAACCAACAAAAGAGGACCAAAUAGAGGAUGAAGUCAUAGUGGAACCAACUACACCACAGAUUGAUGAGGAAAAGCUGGUGGAAAAGGAAGAACAGGUAAAGAAUCCUGAAGAAAAACUUGUUGAGGUGAAGACUCAAAUUCAAUAUGAAGCCCCAGUGAAGAAGGAGGAUGAGAAACCCAAUGUACCAGUUGAAGAAAUGCCAAAAAAAUCAAUUAGGGAAGUUGAGGUGAAAGCCAAAGCCCCAAAGAAAGAGGAGGAGAAACCACAACUAAUGAGGGAGGUUGAAGAAAAACCAUCAACACCAAAGAAGAAGGCUGAGGAGAAACCGGUGACUCCAAAGAAAGAGGUUGAGGAAAAGCCUAAAUGGAAGAAAGAGGCUGAAGAAGCGAAGGCCAAAGUUGAAGAAAGAGUCAAAUCAAAGAAGGAAGAGGUUGUAGAGGAAAAACCAAAACCUUCCUUUUUGCGUGACAAACUGAAAGUGUCAACAAAGCCGCAAGAUGUAGCUGACAGCACCGCCAAACCCGAGAAACCAGAGAAGACACUAAGUCCCACCAGCUUGCGUUCUCCUGACACAGAGAAGCAAGAUCCCCUCGCCAAGCUGGAGGCAGAACGCAAGCUGCAGGAGCUAAAACGCAGACGGAAUGAGACAGACAGCGAGGCGCUGGAGAAGAUGAAGCAGAAGCACCAAACUGCAGAGGCCGAGCUGGAGGAGCUGAAGAAGAAGAGGGAGGAAAGGAGGAAGAUUCUUGAGCAGGAAGAGAAGCAGAAGAAACAGCAGUUGGCAGAUAAGAGAGCCAAAGAGGAGGAAGAGAGGAAGAAGAUGAAGGAAGAGAUUGAGCGAAGGAGGGCAGAGGCAGCUGAGAAAAAAAAACAAAAGGAGGAGUUGAAAGAAGGGAGCAAAGCACCAUUUAUCGCGCCGAAGGGCGCCUCCACGAAGAUUGGAGAAAAAGCUGAAUUUCUGAACAAAUCUGCUCUAAAAAGUCCGGUGAAGACAUCACACACUCCAUUAGUUUGCAAGAUUGGAAACAGACUCGAGCAAUACACUUCUGCUGUUCAGACCAAAGAAGUGAGCAAAUCCCCCAAAUCUCCUGUGGAUGUACCUGUGGCUGAAGGGCUACGGAGCAUCAAGAGUAUGUGGGAGAAGGGGAAUGUGGUCAAUCCCACCCCAAGUCCUGCAAGCCCCCCAGCGGUCACCAAGGAAACAGCUGGGCUGAACAUCGGUGUGGCUGGUCGCAUUAACAGCUGGAAAGCCAAGACUCCAGAGCCCAAACCUCCUGAACCAAAACCAGCCUCUGCACCAGAAAAACCACCUGCCAAAAUAGAGCAAAAGCCAGCUGAGGUCACUAAACCACGCGGCCCAUGGGAAGCAAAGGGCUCCACACCUGCCAAGGUGUUCGCAGCCAAGAGUAAAUUUGUCACAAAUGGAACAAGAAAAUAAAGACAUCCAACAGAUCCCAAAUCAGCCAAAUUGGAAGAUGCAUCCAUUAAAUAUGCAUAAUUUUGUAACGUCAGAGCCUUAACAGUAAAUAAAUAUUUUGUAAGUUAAAAAAAUCUCAAUAGUGAACAAAAAUUCCAUUAAACAUUUAAAUUGAUUACAAUUACCAUGAAUUGCACAAGCCCAAUAAUACAUAUUAAAGUAUUAGUAUCAAACAUUAUUAAUAAGUGACAGGUGGAUUUACACCAAAAAAAAAAAUGUUUCAAAACGCAAAUGUUUAAGUGGAAAGUGUUUUCGCUUAUCUUUUAAACAUUGACAAGCUUAUUCAUUUUGCUCUCAUAACUAUGCAUGAUUCUAUGGUUAGUUGCAUUUUAUUAUUUGCAUUUAGCAUUAUUUUGUCCCUACUGUCUUGAACCCUAUCAGAUGAAAAAACAACAACAACAAACUAAAACUUCUAAUUCAUUUUCUUACUGAAUUCUAUAAACAUUUCACAUUUUUUACAUCUGAAAAUAAAGUGAUAAUUAUAAAACAAUUAAUUUACAGCUGCCAGUUACCAUUAAAACAGAUGCAGUCGUAUUUACAAAGUUUUUGGCUAAAUUAAAAAAAUUGUCUUUAGCCAUGUAUAAAUCAUGGUUCAUGCAGAAAGAAGUCAAGUAGCUUUCUGCUGGUCAACAUGGCAAAUGUGUGCAAUCAAUGUUGUGAAAUCUGUGUGUCAAUCUUUCGCUCUGAAGUGAACUUCCAGAUUAUUUAAAAAUGUAAAAAAAUAAACAAUUUAAUUCCAACUUCCAUCCUCCCUCUGGAGUUUCACGUGCAUGGAGAUUCAGAUGACCUGUUGAUUUUACACUCUUUAUGUAAUGCCAUAUAACAUGUUUUGGUUUAGCUGUUUGAUCAUACUUUGCUAAUAAAUGCAUUUGCGUCAUGACUUUUA